CACCGUGCACUUGCAAACGCAAUUUUUCAGCAAAAACAAAUAUAGGAAGAAGAUAUUAAAGUAAAUAAUAUAGCUAAAAUUGAAUUUAAACAAAAAUUAAUGGCACACAAGCGUCUGCUGAUAUACGCUGCAUUAUUGGCGAUAUGUUAUUUGGUUGGCGUGACAUGGGCUGAGACAGCAAUACAAAACCAGACAUCGCCUGGAACUGGAAUACUCAGUAGCAGCAACAACAGUAGCCAAAGCAAUGUGCCCGCCAGCGCUAUAGCAACACCAAAACCUAAUCCCUCAGCAUUACCUCCUCCUGCAGCUUCAGUAACUUCAAAUCUUGGCAAAUCUUCCAAUUCCAGUACGACAACAACUGCAAGUCCAGCUCCAGAUUGUGUCUGUGCUGGAGCAUUGCUGCCGCAUCUGGAUGCCAAUGGCAAGGAAUUGCCCAUUUGCAAUGAAUGCAAGUGCUCCCAUGUAGCAAGGAAUACGACUCUGAUUAAGGUCGUAGUCAUCAUAGUGAUUUGGAUAAUAUCCAUUUUGGUGAUAUACAUGCUCUUCCUAAUGUGUCUGGAUCCGUUGCUGAACAAGCGUGUUAAGGCCAACUAUCAGGAGCACACCAAUGAAGAUGAUGAACCGACACCGCCCAUGCCAGCAGCAUCCACAUCGGCCAACAAUCAAGAGUUAAGUGCUCGAGCCAAUGUCUUAAACCGUGUUGGCCAUCAGCAGGAUAAAUGGAAAAGACAAGUCCGGGAACAGAGGCGUCAUAUCUAUGAUCGGCAUACAAUGCUCAACUGAGUUGGAGGAGCAUCAAAAAAAAAAAAAACAAAAACUUAAGACAUCCUCAUUGUUUAAGUGAAGAUCAAAAUUAUUUAUAUAUCCUAAAUAUAGCCACAAUUAUUAAACAAAAGUUUUAUUUCCGAAAAAUAUAAACGAAUUAUUUGUGUAUAGAAA